AAGCACUAUAAAAACCUCUCGAGUUCAAUUUCCUUGGCAAUAAUUCAUAAAAAAAAAUUCUUUGGCAUUAAACCGGAGAUAACCGGAGAGAGAAAGAGAGAUGGCAGACAUCGCGAUCUUAGUGGCGGAGGAGUACGAGAGGAGACUGAAACAGACGGCGGAAGAGAAAAUGUCGCCGGCGAUGGGUUACCGGAAAAAUUCGCCGGAGACGGCGAAGAAGAUGCUGACGUUUGAAGAUGUCGAGAAGAAGAUGGAGAGUUUCAAGAGGAAGUUUGAGGCCAAGUCACAGUUUGCCCUCGCUGCCUCCUGUGGCCUUUUCUCUGCUUGAUUUCAACCCCAAAAAAAAUACUCUUAUGUUUCUUCUAACUGUUUUUUUUUUGUUCUCAAAUUCCAUUUUCAUCGAGAAUGGGACAUCAUUACAAGUAAAUAUGUUAAUUACUGUCUUUGUCCCAAAUCCAAUUUAAUGCAAUUUGCUUUAAUUCGCCAAUGUAUUGGUUUGGGCCUGUAGGCCCAACUUAAAUA